AGGGAACAAACGAAACAGAUUUGCCGUCUUUCUUGCUGAAACCCUGCCGCUCAAGACAGGUUUAUCUUAUUUCUUGGAUCCAUGUUGCCCUUAAGACAUUUUUAACAUUUUCUACAGCAGAGAGGCCUUUUAACGGGGAAUCGAACAAACGUAAGAUGGGGAAAGACAAGUCUGAGGAAAAAUCAGAAUAUGGAGAACCAGCACAGUAUGACCCAACUUUCAAUGGACCUAUUCAUAACAGGAGCUGCACGGACAUCAUCUGCUGUGUCCUCUUCAUGCUGGUCCUCGCUGGCUACGUGGUAGUGGGUAUUUUGGCUUGGCUGUAUGGAGACCCCCGGCAUGUUCUGUACCCGAGGGACUCCAAUGGGAUGUUCUGUGGAAUUGGAAAGAAUGAAGGGAAGCCCAAUGUCUUUUACUUUGACCUCCUCAAGUGUGCUACUGGAACAAACAUAAUGGCAGCUGCCCUCAAUGGCCUUCAGUGUCCCACUACACAGGUUUGUAUAGCCCAGUGUCCCCAACAAUACUGGGCUCUUCCAAUAGAAGCCUACUUGCCUGGUGCAAAACCAAAGGAUUAUUUUCAGCAACAGCUUUGUGUCCCAACAAUUGACCUGGCCACCACUCUACUGUCAGUCGCACAGGUUAAGGACAGAGAGUUGUGCCCGUUCUUCUACACCCCUACAUCACCAGUGUUAGGAAGGUGUUUGCCUUCUUUAGGUUCACUCAACACAAUUCCCGCCAACUUCACCCUCCCUGGGAUGUCGAUUAAUGACACAGUGAACACCCUCAAGGAGGGAUCUGGUGACGUUUUUUCGAGCUUUAACGCCAAGGAAAUUGGUGUCCGCAUCUUUGAGGACUUUGCAUCGUCAUGGCAAUGGAUCCUCCUGGGUUUAUUCAUAGCCAUGCUGGUCAGCCUAAUAUUCCUCCUGCUUCUGCGCUUCUUGGCUCCCAUAUUGAUCUGGGGGCUCAUCAUUGGACUACUGGGCGUUGGCGCCUUUGGUAUUUGGUAUUGCUGGAGAGAGUAUGAUGAACUGAAGAACAGCGCAGCCACCUUUGAAGACAUCGGUUUCACCACAGAUGUUCAAGUCUACCUACAAGUCAGAGACACAUGGCUGGCAUUUCUGAUCAUCCUGAGUGUAAUUGAGGGGAUAAUUCUUCUGACGCUCAUCUUCCUACGGACACGGAUCCUCAUUGCCAUUGCCCUCAUCAAGGAGUCCAGCAAGGCUGUGAGUUACAUGAUGUCCACCCUCCUCUUCCCCAUCUUCACAUUCAUCCUGCUCGUGGUGUGUGUCUCGUACUGGGGCAUCACAGCCUUAUAUCUGGCCACCUCUGGCGGGCCGAUGUACAAUGUAGUGGCCCUCAACUCCACUGAAGCUGGCUGCGAAACCGUGAGCGGAAAUGAGACCUGUGACCCUAUGACAUUUAACUCCACCAACUCCAACUACUCCUGCCCGUCAGUCCGCUGCAUCUUCGUCAAGUACAACGACGAGGGCCUGUUCCAGCGCAACCUUUUCAAUCUGCAGAUCUACAAUGUGGUCGCCUUCCUGUGGUGUGUCAACUUCGUCAUCGCUCUAGGCCAGUGCACGCUGGCUGGAGCGUUCGCCUCCUACUACUGGGCCUUCAGCAAGCCCUCGGACAUCCCUUCAUGCCCGCUGACGCAGUCUUUCAUGCGCUCUAUACGAUACCAUGUUGGCUCACUGGCGUUUGGGGCUCUCAUCCUCACUCUAGUGCAGGUCAUCAGGAUGAUACUGGAGUACCUGGAUCACAAGUGCAGAUCUGCUCAGAACAGUUUUGCACGUUUUCUGAUGUGCUGUCUGAAGUGCUGCUUCUGGUGCCUUGAGAAGUUCAUCAAAUUUCUCAACAGGAAUGCUUACAUCAUGAUUGCUAUUUAUGGCAAAAAUUUCUGUGUAUCAGCCAAAAAUGCCUUCAUGCUACUUCUCCGAAAUGUUGUAAGGGUCGUGGUGUUGGAUAAAGUCACAGACCUGCUGCUAUUCUUUGGAAAGUUAUUAGUAGUUGGUGGAGUCGGUGUGCUGGCGUUCUACUUCUUCUCAGGGAGAAUCGAGGUCCCAGGCGGCACCUUCCAGGCCAGCUCUCUGAACUACUACUGGAUGCCUAUAAUUACGGUGGUGGUGGGAUCCUAUCUGAUCGCACAGGGAUUCUUCAGCGUCUACAGUAUGUGUGUUGACACACUCUUCCUCUGCUUCUUGGAGGACUUGGAACGCAACGACGGCUCAAUGCAGAAACCAUACUACAUGUCCAAAAACCUGAUGAAAAUCCUCAACAAAAAGAACAAGCAGCCCAAAAAUGCCGAAGAUUGACAGCAGCCUCCCAUUCCCAUUAGUCGUCCUCUAACUUUAAAAAAAUUAAAUAUCAGGAUCAGCACAGUCACUGAUGCUAAUGUCCCCCUCUCUCCACCCUGAUGUUUACAAUGCGCACAGAUUACUUCUAUUUUGCACUUUCUUCUGUAUUUGUGAUUCAAAUCGUGGUCCAGAUGCUAUACACCAUUUUAAGUUAAAACACUGUCAUACAUCAUAGCCAUAUAUCAUUGGACAACUUAUUUUAUUUUUUUUUAUCCUCCAAAGUGAUGUGCCUUAAGAUGUGUAGAGUCCAAAUGAACACAGACUACGAGACUAUGUGUAAUUAUAUGCAUUAUAUGCAUAUAUAUAUAAAAAAAUAUA